GCUUCGGCCAUGUCCGAGCGAGCGCCUUCCAGUUGGUACGAUCGGAAUUUCGAUCUAGUCUUGUACUACCUUAUUGCCCCGACACGCUUGAGCUCAACUUUCAUGCUUGGGAAGUUCUGACCGGAGAACGAUGCAGGAGCCGGCGAAGUUGACUCUGUCUUCCAGCCACAAGGGGAAGGCCAGAGAGGACGCGCAUUGGCAGCUCGGAUGGUGGGACUUCGCACAUGCGCUCGAAGGCACACGGAGACCGCUGGUGUGGUCGAGGUCCUCUAUGAUAUUCACCGCUCAUCCCGCAGAGCCUCUGGUGCUCGCGCGUCACUUCCCAUCCUCCAGACACUUUGUGUUACCUUCCGCGCCUCAGAUCAUGGCUUCACCCGGGAACUACGAACCUCCGACCAUUGUCUCAAUAUCCUCGAAUGAGGACUGGCUAUUCGCGCACUUUCCCGGCCGCGGCGGAGACGGGGCAGGCUGUCUCUGGCAUAAAGGCGCACAGCUCGAUAGCUGGCAAGUCCGCGAGUUCUGGAGCUUUGACCAGGGCGCCGGCCCUGUUACUGCAGAAUGGACGAGCACACAGCGCGAGUGGAUAGUCACAGAGAGCGGCAAGUCCACACGCUUGCCACCUCGCGGUCCCCUAGGUCCACUCCAGCACAGUGUACUUAUUCUGGUGACACAGGACCAUUGCAUUGCCGUCUGCUAUUUCCCGCCCUUCACCACAACCCUGAAAAUCAUGAAGGCGUCUCUGCUACAAACCGCUUAUACACAAGACACUCGGCCUAAGGAUGACUCCUUGCCCGUGUCUGUUGGCCCCAAUCUUUGUGUGGCUGCUUCCAUAUAUAUGGGCUACAACGAGACAACUCUGUUGGUCGCAACGCGCUCGCAGGUUCUCCCGCCGCAGCGCGUCCAUGAAUCAACAUAUACCGCUAUGAACCUCAACAUGCCCUUAGACAUCAACGACGUAGGGCCUUCUUACGAAGUCCCCUUGACGCCCGAGUGGGAUCUAUGGGGCGAAGACUCGAUGAUCAACGUCUGUGAAGUGAGGUUGAGCAUGAAGGUGACAUCGAGAGCCAUCCUGACGAGGCCUCUGUCACCUAUACCCUGUCCGAGCCAUCACUUGACGGACCUAACGUUCAUAUCUGUACCUCCUUCGAAAGGGCCGCCGAAGCCUUACUUGGCCGCGUCGUUUGUCAACUUCGGUGACUAUACUGGGGCGCCGAAAUCGGAGCUCCUCUUGGUCUCCUUCGCUAAACGGAAUCCUCCGUCGCAGCAUGCUCACAUUCCUGACUGGAUCCCCCAUCUCGACGCGCGGCAGACGUACGACGAUAGAGUGCUCGACUUUACAUUGCUGUCUCCUUCGCGAGAUUCGCUGCUCGUCGGUCUGAUGAACCUGAGCGGCCACGUCCCGCACAUGAAGCGAAAGAUCAAGGGAGGAACGAUCGGGACAAUGCACGUACUGAAGCUGCACGAUUUGUCCGUAGAUGAUAAUUGGGAUGUAGCUCCUAUCAUGUCGGAUAUGACGAGGGCGUGCCGAGCGAUCCCUGCGAACGUGGCGUAUUCGCCGAACCGAGCCCUCCUCUGCAGUGUCGCGGCCUCUACCUUCUCGGACUCCCACAUUUCCAUCCACGCACUCCCUCGCCGACGACCUGACCCGACUAGGCCGCUGACGAAUGCGCUGGUCGCCGAGUCACAUAAUCUUCUCGUCGCCGCCAUACGCUCGAGGAGCAGCUCCUCAGACGUGAUCCACGCAUUGGCCUCGCCAGCGGUCUACGUUCAAACCGUCGUUGAUACUCUUUGCGAGGUUCUCGGCUCUCUAACCAAGGAGUCGCCGAAUCUGCGCGACGUCUGGACGGCGGAAGUCCUUGGGGUCGCGGGCGAAGUCUUUCUGGCGAAAUCGCGUCGUGCGGAUGAAGCGGACAAAGAGAGCCUUCUCGCGCGGUGGAGGGCGAUACACGAUAUAUGCUCCCUGUCCGCGUGUUACAGCGCGUUUGCGAUGUGUUACGAAGAUCAAAUCUACGAUCUUGGCGAUAUAUGGCACCUCGUCUGCCUAUCCACUUGGUUCAUCGAGUUCGUCGAGGGCGUUCUGAGGGAAUGCGUUCUCGCAGGCGAUCUUAGUUCUUUCGCCACUAAUGGCGGUCGACCGAACUCUUCGCUGAGCGCGUCGGCUCUUGUGCAUCUCGUUCAUCCCUACAGCCUAGGGAGGAUCCGCAUGAUCUUGGGCCAUGUCAAGCGAUUUCGGGAUCGCGUCGCGUUGCUCACCGCGAAAGGCGAAAACGCGCAAAUCGCUCGAGACGUCCUGUUGGACGUCGUUGACUGCUCCGGGAUCGACUUGGAGCAGAUGGGCGGCGUCCUCGCUCAGGUGCAUCAAAGCCUUCAAGGCGUGCAUGAUAACGACUUCCAGCAAACCCUUCUCGGCGGUGUACCACAUCCGUCCCUGUCGGGCGCCCUGCGUGGGGCCGUAGAAAAGAUAGCAGGUUGCGGCGGGAUCAACAGGGCUCGUCUGUUCAUCAAGCCGGGCGAUCUCGUAGACGGGGUGGCUCGACUCUCCGUCGUAGAUCAACACCUCAAGGACAAGCAGCGGGACGUCGUGUCGAAAGGGCUGUUGCUUCGCCCGUCCAUGAGCACCAUUUGUGUAUCUUGCGAGGGCAGAUCUGAGACGAAUCUCAGUGAUCCCAAAGCGCAGAAUAGUUCUGCAAGUUGGCGGGCUUGGGAGAGGCAAUGGCUAUAUCGGUGUGUAUGUGGUGGUGCUUGGUGGAAAUUAUCUUACAAUGUAUGAUACUUCCUGUCGGUCAUGCCUUUAUGCCGAUGUUGUCUGAUC